AUGGCACGGAGUCUGUCAGCGGUGCUUGCUUGCUUGCUUGCUUGCUUGCUGGGUGGCUUGGCACAAUGCGUUGCACACAGUAAAGGUGAGACUGGACAUCCAUUCCAAGACAUGCAUGCAUGCCACACUGUCCCGUUACUGUAUGACAGCCAAGCAGUUGAAGCCCGACAAGCCAACUCAACUGUUUCCCCCGCCUUGUUGAUUUUAGGUCAUGUUGCGCCGCUCCAGGGCCCGCUUCACAUACAUGCCCUCAUCCUGGCAUUUCUCAACAAGCUGCGCCUUUGA